AUGGCAGCAUUACCGCAUGAACUGACCAUUAAUAUACUAUGUCAUUUAAGUGUCAAAGAUCUUCUGCGCUAUAAGUGCGUUUCAAAGCGCUGGUGCUCUUCUAUCGACAACCCAGAUUUCAUCAAACACCACCUCUCCCAUUCCCUCAAAACCAAUACCAAUCACUCCCUCCUUCUCCGUCACUGUGGGUACCACUUCUUCUCUGUCAACUACGACUCACUCAAAACAACCCAAACACUCAAGUACCCACUCGGUGAACCAAAAAAAACCCUUAGAAUAUUGGGUUCCUGUAAUGGUUUAUUGGCUCUAGAAAACGACAACCAGAGAAUAUUUCUGUGGAACCCAUCAACGAGAAAAUCCCAGGUAUUACCUUCCACUGAAAUAGGGCUUACCGGUUUCACUUGUUACGGAUUUGGGUAUGAUCCCAUUUCUGAUGACUACAAGGUUGUUCGAAUGGUCCAAUCAGAUAAAGACUAUUCUGGCCAUUGUCGUUAUGGAGCUGAGGUUUACAGCUUGAGGAGUAAUUGUUGGAGGAGGAUUAAGAAUGUCUGCUUUUAUCUUCAGUUGAAUAAAAGAUUUGGAUUUUUGGCUAACAACGCAAUACAUUGGAGGGGUUUUAAAACUCCCCAAUCAGGUAAGGAAAGCCUUGCUGGUUUCGAUCUUGCGAGCGAGGAAUUCCGUUCCGUUGAAUUUCCGGAUUUUUGUUUAGAUGAGCCAUUCUGGUUUGGCAUAGAAGCCAUGGGAGGUUACCUUUGUUUGAGUGCAGUUCAUAGUGAAUUAGGUGAUAUUGUGGCUGAUGUAUGGAUAAUGAAGGAAUAUGGGGUUAAAGAAUCUUGGAUUAAAUUGAUAUCAUGGAACCAACCCCACUAUAUUCCAUCUGUAGUAGUACCUUUGGCAUUUUCAAAAAAUGGUAAGAAAGUUUUAUUCAACAUUGGAUACAAGUGGUUUAGUUUCGGCGAAAGGGACAAGUUUGUGUGGUAUGAUGUGGGAAGCGAAAGGGUUGAGAAUGUUGAGAUUAGAGGCCUUCCAAGCAAAUUUGAUGUGCACUUGUAUGUUGAGAGCCUUGUCCCCCUUAAUAGUAAUGCUCAACAAUGA